GGCAGCUCCCGCAAUGGCUGCACUGCGGAGGCUCUUGUGGCCGCCGCCUCGGCUCCCGCCUCCGCCCUGCCCUCAUCAUCCCUUUCCUGGGCCGUGGGGGCGGCCUGCGGGGGUAGCCCCGGGCCCGCCUGGCCGGCCCUUCUCCUGCCGGGAGGAGGAAGAGGGGGCUGUGGCUGAGGCGGCUUGGAGGUGGCGGAGGCGCUGGGGGGAGCUGAGCAUCGCGGCAGCGGCCGGCGGGGGUCUGGUCGGCCUUGUGUGCUACCAGCUGUAUGGGGACCCGCGGGCCGACUCCGCGUGGGCACCCGCCCCGGGGCGCCCCUCGGAGAGCUCGGCCGCGGAGCCGGAGGACCCGCCCCGCGGCCGGGGGCUGCUUCCUAUCCCGGUCGCGGCUGCCAAGGAAACGGUUGCUAUCAACCGAACAGACAUCGAAGACUUAGACCUCUAUGCUACGUCUCGGGAAAGGAGAUUUCGUUUGUUUGCUUCUAUAGAAUGUGAAGGACAGUUAUUCAUGACUCCAUAUGAUUUUAUUUUGGCUGUUACAACUGAUGAGCCCAAAUUUGUUAAAACGUGGAAGUCACUUACCAAACAGGAAUUAAAUCAAAUGCUCUCCGAAACACCACCAGUUUGGAAAGGAUCAUCAAAGCUUUUUCGUAAUCUUAAAGAAAGAGGUGUGAUUUCUUACACAGAAUAUCUUUUUCUUUUAUGUAUUUUAACAAAGCCACAUGCAGGUUUUAGAAUAGCUUUCAACAUGUUUGACACUGAUGGCAAUGAGAUGGUGGAUAAAAAGGAGUUUUUGGUGCUUCAAGAGAUAUUCAGGAAAAAAAAUGAAAAGAGAGAAACAAAAGGAGAUGAAGAAAAGCGUGCAAUGCUGCGUCUUCAACUUUAUGGAUACCAUUCUCCUACUAAUAGUGUACUUAAAACAGAUGCUGAGGAACUUGUCUCCAGAAGCUAUUGGGAUACACUGAGACGUAAUACAAGCCAAGCACUCUUUUCAGACCUCGCAGAGCGUGCUGAUGACAUUACAAGUUUAGUAACAGAUACUACACUUCUUGUACACUUUUUUGGAAAGAAAGGAAAAGCUGAGCUCAACUUUGAAGAUUUUUAUAGAUUCAUGGAUAACCUACAGACAGAAGUUCUAGAAAUAGAAUUCCUUUCCUACUCUAAUGGGAUGAACACUAUCAGUGAAGAAGAUUUUGCUCAUAUUCUUUUACGAUAUACAAAUGUGGAAAACACAUCAGUGUUUUUGGAAAAUGUGCGUUACAGUAUACCUGAAGAAAAGGGCAUCACAUUUGACGAAUUCAGGUCAUUUUUCCAGUUUUUGAACAACUUGGAAGACUUUGCAAUAGCCUUGAAUAUGUAUAAUUUUGCAAGUCGUUCUAUAGGGCAAGAUGAGUUCAAGCGUGCCGUUUAUGUAGCUACUGGCCUCAAACUUUCACCACAUUUAGUGAACACAGUCUUCAAGAUUUUUGACGUUGACAAAGAUGAUCAAUUAAGUUAUAAAGAAUUUAUUGGAAUUAUGAAAGACAGACUCCAUAGAGGAUUCCAGGGUUAUAAAACAGUGCAGAAGUAUCCCACUUUCAAAUCCUGUCUAAAGAAGGAACUUCAUAGCAGAUAAUUUUGUAUCUGAGCAGAUACAGUAUAACAACUCCAAGCAGGAUUUUCAUCAUCUAGGACCAUUAGCAUCUAAGGAAUAUUAGUUACUGUUUUAUAGGAUCAUGUCCAAACAUCGGCUGCAAUAAUAGCAGGUAACUUUUUAGUUAUUUUAGGUGCCUGGCCCUGUACGAGGUGUUCCACAUGUAGAGUCAGAGACAGAUGUCCCAUUUAACACCAGGGAAAAUAAAGACGUAGUGAGUAAUUUACCGAAGAUAACUUGCUAGUCAGUGGCCCACUAGGAUUUGAGCCUCAUUCUGUCUGAUGGCAAAGCCAUCUUAUGUAUUAGUUACUAAACUAUCACCAUAGAAUACAGUAAUUGAGGAAGAUACAGGAGAUUCAUUCAGUUUGUGUCAACCCAAAGAAGUAACUCAUAUUUGCUGCUAAUCUCCAGAAUGAGAGGUUUGCUUUUCCUUUUUUCUUGUAAGAGCCUAUUGUAGCUAUAAAAUGUUGGUUGAUUGUGGGUUCUGAUUAGUUAGGUCUGGACAGUGAAUGCUUGCAAAUAUGUAUAUUUCUUGCUAUCUCUCUUGAGCUUGAAACGUUUGUAUUUGUCUAUAGCAGUAUUUCCCAAAGUGGUUCCAUAGGAUAUCAAUGUGUAUUAUUCUAAAAAACAAAAAAAGCUGCUUAGU